AUGUGUGAGUUUGUUGAAGAGGAGACAUUUGCUGAAGCUUCACUUUCAUGGGCACUGGAUCGUAUUGAUCAAGUCAGUCCAGUAUUAGAUGGUAUAUUUGAACCUGGACGAGAUGGAGAAGGUGUUGAUAUUUAUAUUUUAGAUACAGGUAUUAAUUAUGAUCACUAUGAAUUUGAUGGUAACAGAGCCAUGUAUACUGGAUAUGACCCAAUUGACAACAAUGAUGGAACUAACCAAAAAGGUCGAGAUUGUAAUGGACAUGGAACUCAUGUAGCAAGUCUUGCUUGUGGAAAGAAUUAUGGUGUUGCCAAAAAAGCUAACUGUUACAGGGUCCGUGUAUUAGAUUGUUGGGGUUCAGGACCUUGGAGUGUUAUAAUAGAUGGAUUAAAUUCUGCUGCAACAAAUAUCACCAAUAAGAAUCCUCGUCGUCCGGCUAUCAUCUCAAUGUCGUUGGCUGCUGGCAAUAGUGGAGAUGAUGCCUGUGAUUAUACUCCUGCCAGUGCUGCAGGAGUCAUAACUGUUGCUAGCUCUGCUCAAGGAGAUUAUGUGUCUUCCUUCACAAAUGGUGGCUCUUGUGUUGAUAUAUUUGCUCCAGGCUCUGAUGUGAAAGCAGCUGAUCAUAGCU